CUAUCGAUAGGAGUUUUCUGCAGUGGAGUCAAAUGUGUUCAGGGCAAAUUUCAGCAGUCUGCCAAAGAAAAGGUUUUUCCAUACAUGAUCACUGUUUGAUCCUGUUGAAGUAAAAACUAUAUUAUGAAAUAUUUACACAAUAAUGAAUAUGUAAAUAUUUAACUUUGGAGACAACUAAACCUUAUAUUUCUGAUGGAAUUAUCAAUAAUUUUGUCAGUGGAAGCCUUUUAAUGAUGGCAGUACUGAGUCCCCCCGUUUUUGUUUUGUGCUUGUGUAUCAGGGAUUUGAAGUGUCAUAUAUCAACAGAUCUUCCAGGAGCCAAUAAACUUUAUUGUAAAGAAAUAAUCUUGUAAAGGUAAUAAUGCUCAUAUUGAGAAGAAGUUCAAUAUUUUUUGUCAGUUAUUUCAGAAAGUGAAAUCGUUUGUAUUCUAAACUCCAAAUUCUAAACUUUCCAAUAACAAACGCCUGCUCUGGUUUAGAUCAGGAAGGCCGUACCUCCCAGUCACGCCUCUCCAGGUGUGUUGAACAGAACAGUGGAGUCCUCUCCUGGUGCCUCUUGCAGAACUCCAGUGAGGGACUUCAAGAAGACUUACAAGUCUGAACUGCUGUUCGGUGCAUACACACAAAGAAGUCAGCCUCGUUUUUUCAUGGACCCAUUGUGAACCCUUUUUAGUCUGGCCCCUCCCCUGAGUCCAAUUUGCCAUGGGAGACCCUACCAGGAGCACAAAGGUUCAUAGGGGCACAAAAACCUCUCCACCACGAUAAUGUAAUGAUGGUUCCUGGAGAGGAAACACUAGUGUUCCAAAUAGAUAUGGAAUUUUUGGAAAUGUAUUUGGAACAACACGUGUUCCAAAUAGAUUUCAGGCUAAGAUUUAAUAUUUAUGUAUUUUUUUUAAACUUUCCUUUGUAUUAAAUUAAUGAAUGAUGUGAGUAAACAGUAACUGAGCCCAAGUCGUUAUUGCUAUAAUGCCACAAUGAAUAUUUAGCUGUUACAUUAGUGACAACACACGUAAAAUGAGCUGCUUCACACUGUGUCUGAGAGAGAGAGAAAAUGUUCAUCUUCUGUUCAAAACACUGGUCCCUCUGUGGAGAUCUAAAGUGGGGCUGUGGGUGGGGCAUGUGAAAGAAAAUAGGACGCAGGAUGUGAGCAGGGCAGUAGUUUGGAUUUGCGCGGCAGGAGAGCAGUUUUACGCACAGACUCUGGACGUUUAUUUGACUUUCGCUGACAGAAUAAUUCGUCAUAUAAAGUGAGCUUUGUGGCUGUUUGGAGGAUUGAUCCUGGUGCUGGUGAAUCGAUCUGACCUCUACCUGCUGAUGACCGGUUCAAGCUUUAACGCACUGCUGCUGAGCGAACAUGGAGGUCUCCAACUUGUCCCACAUGAACUCCAUCCUCCGCGUGGAGCUGAAUGACUUUAUGGAGGAGAACGAAACUAACUCCACCGUCGAAGAGAGACAUCCGUUGGGAUGUGUGCAGAUCUGGAUCCCCCAGGAGCUGUUUCUGGCGCUGGGACUCAUCAGCUUGGUGGAGAACAUAUUGGUGGUUGUGGCUAUCACCAAAAACCGAAACCUGCACUCUCCGAUGUACUACUUCAUCUGCUGCCUGGCUCUGUCCGACAUGCUGGUCAGCGUCAGUAACAUCAUGGAGACCGUGUGCAUGCUCGUCAACGACCACGGCCUGCUGGCCGUGCACCCACACAUGCUGCGCCUGCUGGACAACAUCAUCGACGUGAUGAUCUGCACCUCCGUUGUGUCCUCGCUGUCCUUCUUGUGCACCAUCGCGGCGGAUCGCUAUAUCACCAUCUUUUACGCGUUGCGCUACCACAGCAUCAUGACCGCGCAGCGCGCCGGCACCAUCAUUGCGCUGGUGUGGCUGGUCAGCAUCGCCUCCAGCAUCCUCUUCAUCGUCUACCACACCGACAACGCGGUCAUCGUGAGCCUGGUGGCGUUCUUCUGCGUCACGCUGGUCUUCACCGCCGCGCUCUACCUGCACAUGUUCUUCUUGGCGCACGUGCAUUCGCGGCGCAUCGUGGCUUUUUCCAAAGAAGGGCGACACUCCACGAGCAUGAAGGGCGCCAUCACCCUCACCAUCCUGCUCGGGGUUUUCAUCGUGUGCUGGAGUCCGUUCUUCCUUCACCUUAUCCUCAUCCUCGCCUGCCCCACUAACCCCUACUGCGACUGCUACUUCCGGAACUUCAACUUCUUCCUCAUCCUCAUCAUCUGUAACUCGCUCAUCGACCCGCUCAUUUACGCGUACCGCAGCCAGGAGCUGCGCAAAACUUUGAGAGAACUUAUCUGCAAGUGCGCCGGCACGUAAAGACACAAAAAUUCACCUUUUCUCCCUCAAAGUGCACAAAUCAAAAUACAAAUGAAAUGCAUAUCUGAGUCAUCUUUUGUAGUGCUCCGGGGACCCACGGUGACAGCUGCGGAUGCGCCAUUGAUCCGGAGGCGCUGUCCAGACACUU